AUGUAUAGGAUAUCCCACGUAGCGUCCAUUCAACCUCAAGUCUUGUUACGCCACGGCACCGUAAACUCUAAGCCCAUGGAUCAAAAAGUACGUGUCGCUGCCGUUCAGGCAGAGCCCAUCUGGAACGACCUCGAAGGUGGUGUCCAGAAAGUCAUUUCCAUCAUUGAAGAGGCAGCGACGAAUGGGGCUCAGGUACUUGGAUUUCCUGAAGUGUUUAUUCCGGGAUAUCCUUGCAUGUAUGCUAAAUCGCCGUUUGAAAAUGGCGGUUUCAUGUUUGAAUACAUGCAGAACUCGAUGGCCAGGGAUUCUCCGCAGAUGCUGCGGAUCUGCGCUGCGGUGAAAAAGGCUGGUUUGUUUGUGGUAUUGGGGUAUAGUGAGCGCGAUAAGUGCUCCAUGUACAUCUCUCAGGUACAUAACCCCCCGGAGCCAGCCUUCAUAUCCCCCUCCGGUGAAAUCACCCACAACCGCCGCAAAAUCAAGCCAACCCAUAUCGAGCGUGCCCACUGGGGUACCGGCGAAGGCGACUCCCUAAAAACCGUCGUCCCAACACCCCUCGGCAAAAUCGGCGCCCUAAACUGCUGGGAACACACCCAGCCAUUACUCCGCUAUCACGAAUACUCGCAGGACGUCGACAUCCACAUUGCCAGCUGGCCUGCUAUGUGGGACGCACCGGAGCCCCUUAAGCAGCAGUGGAGCUACCAGGCGAGUGGGACGAUGUGCCGGACGAUUUCACAGACUAUGGCGUUUGAGGGGGCGUGCUGUGUGCUUGUUUGUAGUCAGGUUAUGAAGAAAGAGAAUGCGGGGAGGAAUGGGGUGGAGGGUUGGGAGUAUCCGAGUUUGCCUGGGGGUGGAUUUUCGCAGAUUUUUGGAUUCGAGGGAGAGCCUUUGUGUGAGAUGCUGGGGGCGGGUGAGGAGGGGAUUUUGUACGCGGAUGUUGAUUUGAAGGGGAAGUUGAAGGCGAAGCAGUUUCUUGAUAUUGUUGGGCAUUAUUCAAGGCCGGAUCUUUUGAGCUUACGGGCUAAUAUGAGGGCUUCGAGGCCAGUGCAUUAUGCUAGUGAGUCGGUAGAGUAA